AGAGAUGAUCAGACUGGAGACCAGGAUUCUCAUCAGCCAGUGGAUGAUGUCCUUCAGAGAAUCAAAGAGCAGUUUAAAACCAGCAUGAAGAAAAAGUAUGAAAGAUUAUUUGAGGGACUGAAACUCCAUGAGAAUGAAACCCUCCUGAAUAGGAUCUACACACAGCUCUACAUCAUAGAUGGAGAGAGUGAAGGAGUGAAUGAAGAACAUGAGGUUUUUCAGAUGGAGAAAACAGCCAGAACAAAACACUCACAAGACACUCCAAUCUACUGCAAUGACAUCUUUAAAGCCUCACCUGAACCAGGACAUGAGUAAAAAGACCAAAUCAAGACGGUUCUUACUAAAGGCAUCGCUGGAAUUGGAAAAACCGUCUCUGUGCAGAAGUUCAUACUGGACUGGGCCGAAGGAAAAGCCAAUCAGGAUGUAGAUUUCAUGUUUGUGCUUCCAUUUCGAGAGCUGAACUUGAUCCGAGAUCAUCAGUACAGUCUUCACAGACUUCUGCUGGACUUCCAUCCCGAACUUCAAGAUCUGGACUCAAAGGACUGUAAAGUUGUGUUCAUCUUUGAUGGUCUGGAUGAAAGCAGAAUCACACUUAAGUUUUCAGAUGAUCAGAAAGUUUGUGAUGUGACUGAGACUUCAUCAGUGGGUGUGUUGAUGUCAAACCUCAUGAAAGGAGAGCUGCUUCCCUCUGCUCUCAUCUGGAUCACCUCCAGACCAGCAGCAGCCAAUCAGAUCCCCUCCAAAUACAUCAACCGUCUGACAGAAAUUCAGGGAUUCAGUGAGCCUCAGAAGGAGGAAUAUUUCAGGAAGAGAAUCAGUGACCAGCAUCAAGCCAGCAGAAUCAUCUCACACAUCAGAAGAGCAAGAAGCCUCCACAUCAUGUGCCACAUCCCCGUCUUCUGCUGGAUCUCAUCCACUGUGCUUCAGAAGCUCCUGAAAGAAGAUCUGAGUGCAGAAAUCCCUCAAACUCUGACUGAAAUGUACAUCCACUUCCUGCUGAUUCAGAUCAACAUGAGGAAUCAGAAGUAUGAAGAGAGAGAUUCAGAGAAACUCCUGCAGUCCAAAAGAGAAGUGAUUGUGAAACUUGCUGAAGUGGCUUUCAAACAGCUGAUGAAGGGCAAUGUGAUGUUCUAUGAGGAGGACCUGAUUGAGAGCGGCAUAGAUGUCACUGAUGCCUCAGUGUAUUCUGGGAUUUGCACUGAGAUCUUUAAGGAGGAAUCUGUGAUUCAUCAGAGGAAGGUCUACAGCUUCAUUCAUCUGAGCGUUCAGGAGUUUCUCGCUGCUUUCUAUGAGUUUUACUGCUAUUUAACAAAGAACAAGGAGCCACUGCAUGAAUUAACAUUUUACAGAUAUAAUGACUCUCUGUAUGACCUACUAAUAUCAGCAGUAGAUAAAGCUCUUGAGAGUAAGAAUGGACACCUGGAUCUGUUCCUGCGGUUCCUGCUGGGCGUCUCACUGGAGUCCAAUCAGAGACUCUUACAGGAUCUACUGACACACACAGAGAACAGCUCAGAGAGCAUCAGGAGAACCACACAGGACAUUAAACAGAUGAUAAAAGAUAAUAGUAAUGAUGAAUAUUAUUAUCGUAGUCGUCAUCUCUCAGCUGGUCAAUCCAUCAAUCUGUUCCUCUGUCUGCUGGAAGUAAAAGAUCAGACUCUGUCCAGAGAGAUUCAGGAGUUUGUGAAAUCAGACAAACACUCAGAGACAUAUCUUUCUCCUGCUCACUGCUCAACAAUCGCCUACAUGCUUCAGAUGUCAGAGGAGGUGCUGGAUGAGCUGAACCUCAUGAAAUACAACACAUCAGAUGAGGGGAGAAGAAGACUGAUCCCAGCUGUGAUCAACUGCAGAAAAGCUCUGCUUUCUGGGUGUAAUCUCACAGACCAGCAUUGUGAAAUUGUGUCUUCACCUCUACAAUCCUCAAACUCUGUCUUGAGAGAGCUGGAUCUGAGUAGCAAUCACCUGAAGGACUCUGGUGUAAAGUUUAUUUUUGAUGGACUGAAGAGUCCAAACUGUCAGCUGCAGAUACUGAGGUGA